AUAAAAGUUAAAUUUUCCCCGACAACCUCUCGCUUAUUUCCACUCCUCCUGCGUGCAAAACAAGUCCUCACUUCAGUAGCUGCAGGAGAUCGAUUUCUUUCUCAAAGAAAGAUAGCAAAAGAAGAUUCGUAAUUUUCAGAUGGGAGAGGGAAAAGGGUCGACUCUGGUUCACCUCCUAGUGGUGGUUCUGUGUCUGGUUGCCUUUGGGUUCGCCAUUGCUGCUGAAAGACGCAGAAGCACUGGCCAUAUUGAAAAAGAUGCAACAAACGCUACAUACUGUGUCUACAACUCUGAUGUUGCAACUGGUUAUGGAGUGGGCGCUUUCUUAUUUCUUCUUUCAAGUGAAUCGCUAUUGAUGGGUGUCACAAGAUGCAUGUGUUUUGGGAGAUCACUGGCCCCUGGUGGAGAUCGAGCUUGGUCCAUCAUAUAUUUUGUUUCAUCAUGGGCGACUUUUCUGGUGGCAGAAGCAUGUUUAAUUGCAGGUGCACAGAAAAAUGCCUAUCAUACCAAGUAUGUUGGGAUGAUCUAUGCUCAAAACUUUGCCUGUGAAACAUUGCGGAAAGGUGUUUUUAUUGCUGGAGCAGUGUUUGUGGUGGCAACAAUGAUUCUCAAUGUAUACUACUACAUGUAUUUCUCCAAGGCUACUGCCACCAAGGCAGCUCUCAAAACAAAUCGUACAAGUUCUGUUGGGAUGACUGGCUAUCCUUAGAAUCAAGAACAUGACCAGAUAGCUGAGUUUUGAUCGUGAUGUUUUGAGUCUGUUGGUGAUUCUGCUGUGCAAGUGUGCUGAGAUACAUUGCGUUUUUCUGGCACCAUAUAGCGUCGUUAUGAAUGUUACCAUCAUUUGAAAGGCUUGUGAAAAGUUUAGACGAAAAAACAUGAAACAUCAAGUAUCGUAAUUAAGAGAAUUAGAUCAUCUGAAUCCCAUUAAAUCUAUGGCCUGUCCAUGAUUCUAGUUCAUUUUAGCCUAUUUUAUUUGGUUUUACAAGC